AUGGAGAGAUUGAUGAGGAGGAUGUCCAAGCAGGUCUUGCUUCCCUUGUUCCAUCUUCAGGGCCUUGCUGCCACAAUAAUCACUCUGACCAAAGACCUUAUAAAUGCGGUCAACCAGCAGGAAGCCUGGUUUGAUAAUGAACUAUACCAGUGGGACAACAAAGAGGAGGCAUGCAAAUAUCUUGGCAUUAAGAACCUAGAGCACCCAAAGAUAGAUAACCACUAUUAUGUUUCUAUUGACUGGAGGGAAGCCGCUGGGCUUAGGACUUCGCCCACUGUGCCAAAAAGACCACAGGAUGGUAGCGCUACGGCUACCAACUGCCCAGCACCCCCUUAUAUAGCCUAG